AUUCCUCACUGCUCACCCAAUCAUAACCGUCAACUCUCUCUUUCUCUCUCUCACACACACACACACAGUUCUCUCUCUCAUCGUACACAGACGCAACGCGUAUAUAAAAUAUAAUACUAUAAUUAAGCGUUACCUUGUAAGACUUAUCAGAUAGAGUACUCUUACGUAUAUAGCAUAUACAUAUAUUAACACCCGCUAAUCUAGCAGUCUUCGCAAAUCCAUCUUCAAACAAACAAAUUCAAGAACACCGCCAACAAUGUCUUCUCAACCAUCUCUCACCGAUCAGUACCAUCUCAUCGACAAGCUUCAAAUCUUCAAGAUCAAAGGCAGAGACAAACAAGGCCGCAAGAUCCUUCGCAUCCUCGGAAAAUUCUUCCCUGCUCGGAUUGUGAGUGUUGAUGCUGUGAAAAAGUAUUUGGAGGAGAAGAUUUUCCCCAAAUUGGAGAAAAGAGCGUUUUCUGUGGUGUAUGUGCAUACCGAUGUCGAAAGGUGUGAGAAUUUUCCGGGAAUUUCUGCCCUCCGAUUGAUCUACGAGUCUAUUCCGAUCAACGUCAUGUCGAAUCUCCAAGCGGUGUACUUUCUCCACCCUGGCCUACAGUCCAGGCUCUUCCUCGCCACCUUCGGCCGCCUCAUGUUCAGCGGAGGCUUCUAUGGGAAGCUGAAGUACGUGAGCAGGUUGGACUACUUGUGGGAGCACGUGAGGAGGAAUGAGAUUGAGGUUCCUGAUUUCGUGUACGAUCAUGAUGAAGAACUGGAGUACCGUCCGAUGAUGGACUAUGGAUUGGAGAGUGAUCACCCGAGGGUGUACGGUGCACCCGCAGUGGAUUCUACUGUGCCAACGUACUCCAUGAGGUGCAUUUCCUAGACCGUGCCUAAAAAUUGGAUCUCACAAGUUUCUCAGUAGAAUUCACAUAUAUGGCAAAUGGAUAUUGUCCUUACAAUCGCGAGUGCACUUAGCAGUUCCGAGUUUCAAAAUGGAAAAGAAAGUGAGGGUUUUAUAAUAUAGUAUGAUUACGAGGUACAAAUGUCUCAUUUCUAGGGUUUUUUUUUGGUUUUGGCUUUGGUUUUGUACAUAGAUUGUAAAUUGUGUGUGGAAUGGGAUGCAACGACUUUGUGAUUUGGUUA